AUGGGUCCCGGGUGCCAAACCCCUUCCAGCCGCGGCUCACAGAGGCGCAUUAGGCCGGGAAAAUUCCUGUCAGAUCUUGUUACACAUCUGAGGAGUCACACAGGAGAGAAGCCAUUUACAUGCUCUGAAUGCAGGAAAUGUUUUCCUGUUAAGUCAGCUCUUGUUAGACAUCAGAGGAUUCACACAGGAGAGAAGCCAUUUACAUGCUCUGAAUGCAGGAAAUGUUUUCCUGUUAAGUCAGCUCUUGUUAGACAUCAGAGGAUUCACACAGGAGAGAAGCCAUUUAUAUGCUCUGAAUGCAGCAAAUGUUUUUCUGUUAAGUCAGCUCUUGUUACACAUCAGAGGAGUCACACAGGAGAGAAACCAUUUACAUGCUCUGAAUGUAGCAAGAGCUUUACAUGUAAAUCACAGCUUCUCAGACAUCAGAGGAUUCACACAGGAGAGAAACCAUUUACAUGUUCUGAAUGUAGAAAAUGUUUUACCCAAAAGUCACAUCUUGUUAGACAUCAGAUGAGUCACACAGGAGAAAAGCCAUUUACAUGCUUUGUUUGCAGCAAGUGUUUUACCCAUAAGUCAUAUGUUGUUAGACAUCAGAGGAUUCACACAGGAGAGAAGCCAUUUACAUGCUCUGAAUGCAGCCAAUGUUUUUCUGUUAAGUCAACUCUUGUUACACAUCAGAGGAGUCACACAGGCGAGAAGCCAUUUACAUGCUCUGAAUGCAGCAAGUGUUUUACCCAUAAGUCAGGUCUUGUUGCACAUCAGAGGAGUCACACAGGCGAGAAGCCAUUUACAUGCUCUGAAUGCAGCCAAUGUUUUUCUGUUAAGUCAGCUCUUGUUACACAUCAGAGGAGUCACACAGGCGAGAAGCCAUUUACAUGCUCUGAAUGCAGCAAAUGUUUUUCUCUUAAGUCAGGUCUUGUUGCACAUCAGAGGAGUCACACAGGAGAGAAACCAUUUACAUGCUCUGAAUGCAGCAAGUGUUUUCCCCAAAAGUCACAUCUUGUUACACAUCAGAGGAGUCACACAGGAGAGAAACCAUUUACUUGCUCUGAAUGCAGCAAGUGUUUUACCCAAAUGUCAUCUCUUGUUGCACAUCAGAGGAGUCACACAGGAGAGAAACCAUUUACAUGCUCUGAAUGCAGCAAGUGUUAUCCCCAAAAGUCACAUCUUGUUACACAUCAGAGGAGUCACACAGGAGAGAAACCAUUUACAUGCUCUGAAUGCAGCAAGUGUUUUACCAACAGGCAAUAUCUUGUUAGACAUCAGAGGAGUCACCAUCACAACCAUCACCACAAAACCAUCACAACCAUGUACACUAGUAGUGUACUAAUUAGCACGAACAACUUGUAA